CAUCUACACCAACCCGUUGAGCAAUGAGCGUCUGCCGAUUGGCAGUGGUUCUCCCAUCAACGUGGAUGCGGCUGUGUUGGAGAAAUGGCGGCAAUUAUUAAUACAGCAGAUCCUACUCGCUGGCUCGAGGACUGCUAUCGUGUUGAAUGACAUUCUCGAAUCGAGUGCUGCUCCUGGGUUGAGAUCG